AUGGUUUCGGGUUUACGGGAAGAGUUAGAAGAGAGUCUUGUGUGCUGUUUGAGGACUCAGGAAGAUCAGGGUUCUGGGGUGAUAGUUUCUAGACACGAUAGAUGCCUGAAAACCAGCAGGGCCCGAAAGGAGCAUACCCCUGGGGAACCAGCAACUCAAAUGCAGAAACUGGUAACCCACGUGAGCACCCCAUCAGCAGACAAGGUCUUCUUCAUCGCUAGCUCUGAUUCGCCCUCACACUCCCUCACUAGGGGUGGGGGUGUGGAGACUUCAGGUGCCUGCCGGAGCCAGACCAUACUCCUGGUGCGCCUGACUUCUCAGCUGUUCAGGGUUGUUUCCUGGGCAGGCUGCAGUCUGCCCUGGCCUGUUUCUGGAGUGCUGGGCAGCCAUGCCUGCAGGCCCCAUUACAGCACACAGCCAACUGGCCCAGGUAGGGCUGCCUCACUCCCCAGCAAGGGGGCCCAGCUGGAGCUCGAGGAGAUGCUGGUCCCCAGGAAGAUGUCCAUCAGCCCCCUGGAGAGCUGGCUUACAGCCCGCUGCCUCCUGCCCAGACUGGAUGCCCAGACCCCAGGGACUGCGGCUCCAGCCCAAUUCUGUGAGUGUCUCCCUAGCCAGAUGGGGGAAGGGGCCAAGCAGGAGGAUGAGAAGGCCUGGGAUACACCUCAGAUGCAGAGCAAAAACGUGCUGAAGACCCGCCGGCAGAAGAUGAACCACCACAAGCACCGGAAGCUGUGAGGCUGCUGUUCCUGCGGCGGGCGCCUGAAACGGAAGCCGAUCAAGCUCAAGAGAGACCCGAGGAGCAUCUGGGUGAAGGCGGGUCCGAAGGAAACCCCUGGAGGCUGGCAGACCCCCAAGAUCUACCUGACGGGCAGAUGA